GCUGCCAGCGGGCGAUUGGGAUACCGGGCACCGGGCACCGCUGAGCAGUCGCCGCCCGCCUCGGCCUACUCCUCUCCCGGGAGUAGGAGUCGCAGCGCUCGGACCCGGGAGCGGCGGCGCCGGAGUCCGCGCACCGGGCAUGGACGCGCCGGGGGACCCGGAGGGCGCACCACCCCCAGGAGGUGAUGACCCUGCACCAAGUGCAAGAGGGACACCCAGCCGUCUUUCGAGAGAACAGCUUUUUAUCCUGAUAUCGGCAGCUUCCAUGAACUUGGGCUGUAUGAUGUCCUAUUCCAUCCUUGGACCCUUUUUCCCCAAGGAGGCUGAAAAGAAAGGAGCCAGCAAUACAGUUAUCGGGAUGAUCUUUGGAUGCUAUGCUUUGUUUGAACUGCUGGCCUCUUUGUUCUUUGGAAAAUAUCUUGUACAGAUUGGAGCAAAAUUUAUGUUUGUAUCAGGAAUGUUUGUCUCAGGAGGGGUCACAAUUCUCUUUGGUUUAUUGGACCAAGUUCCAGACGGACCGAUAUUUAUUGCUAUGUGUUUUCUAGUGAGAAUAACAGAUGCAAUAAGCUUUUCUGCAGCAAUAACUGCAUCUUUUUCUAUCCUCGCAAAGGCUUUCCCAAAUCAUGUGGCUACAGUACUGGGAAGUCUUGAGAUUUUUUCUGGACUGGGACUAGUGCUAGGGCCUCCUUUAGGUGGCUUCUUGUAUCAAUCCUUUGGCUAUGAGGUGCCUUUUAUUUUGCUUGGAUGCAUAAUUUUGCUGAUGGUACCAUUCACCAUGUACAUUUUACCUAGUUAUGAGGAGUCUAAUCCAGGUCAACACUCAUUCUGGAAACUCAUCAGUUUACCCAAGGUCGCGCUCAUAACCUUCAUCAUCACCUCGCUCAGCGCCUGCUUUGGCUUCCUUGACCCUAUUCUGUCUCUCUUUGUUCUGAAGAAGUUUAACCUACCAGCUGGACACGUAGGACUGGUAUUCCUGGGUUUGGCACUAUCCUACACCAUUUCUUCACCACUCUGUGGUCUACUAAGUGAUAAAAUGCCACAUCUAAGGAAAUGGUUUCUGGUUUUUGGAAACAUAAUCACAGCAGGAUGCUACAUGCUGUUAGGACCAGUCCCAGUCUUGCACAUUCAAAGUCAACUGUGGCUGCUGGUGCUGAUGUUAGUCGUCAUUGGCAUUUCCUCUGGAAUGAGUAUAAUCCCAACUUUCCCGGAGAUUAUCAGUUGCGCCCAUGAAAAUGGAUUUGAAGAAGGAUUAAGUACACUGGCACUCGUGUCAGGUCUCUUCAGUGCAAUGUGGUCCGUUGGUGCUUUUAUGGGACCAACACUGGGUGGAUUUCUGUAUGAGAGAAUUGGUUUUGAAUGGGCAGCAGCUGUACAAGGUCUGUGGGCUCUGACAAGUGGACUAUGGAUGGGCUUGUUUUAUCUGUGGGAGUACUCAAGGAGAAGAAGAAGAUCAAAACUUCAAAAUAUCCCUGGUACAGAGGAGGAACAAAGUGCUCUCUUGCCUGAUGAAAACCAGCCUUGAGAACCUUGGGAGACACAGGGUUGGGAGAUGGAUGUUCCUGGCCUUGAACAUUAAAGUUGGAAGUUUGAAAAGUGUUCUUAAUUUUACACACAGAACUCCAUGAACCCACACCAGCAUGCUGGAAGUGUCCAUAUAUUUUUGGAUGAUCCAUGAUGGGCUGCACAUACUGUUGUCCUGCAAAGCUGGCCUGCUGAGCCCUGGCCGGUUUGGCUCAGUGGAUGGAGUGUUGGCCUGUGGACUGAGGGGUCCCGGGUUCGAGUCUGGUCAAGGGCACAUGCCUGGGUUGCGGGCUCGAUCCCCAGUGGGGGGGGGGGGUGUGGGAGACAGCUGAUGGAUGAUUCUCUCUCAUCAUUGAUGUUUCUGUUUCUCUCUCCCUCUCCCUUCCUCUCUGGAAUCAAUAAAGAUAUAUUAAAAAAAAAAAAAAAAAAAAGCUGGCCUGCUGAGCCAGCCAUAUUUAAAGUAUUACAUCUGAGAAGAGUAGUUGAAAAUCAACAAAACUUUGUGUUUCUAAAUGAUCAAACUUGGGCUUGAAGAUGUUAUUGACUCUAGGUCUCCUGUCUCUGUUUACUUUUUAUUCAAAAUGCACUGAUUCUGUGAAUAUACCUUUGUAUAUUAACAAGGAAAGAAAGUAUGUGAAUUGACAUUAACUAGUAACUUUGAUUGUGUUAAAGGGAUUAUCGAUGGGUUUAAGGGAAAGAAUUGAUAUGCUUAAAGUUAAUAUAAAUGACUCAAUACUAUGAAAUCAGUUUUAAAAAGAUAUGCUUGAUCUUUGUCCUGAGAUUUCUGUUUUUGUUCAAAGGCAAAUUUCCUGCCUAUUAUGCAAAAACUGUAACAUUUCCUGGCCCUCAGUUCUUUUAAAAAAUAUGUAUGGAAGGUAGAAGAAUAGCAUUACUUAAGCUUUCCAUUUGUGCAACAUAUUUUUAAUUAUUAUCUAGAUUUAUAAGUAAUGCUUGAUAUAAAAUUCAUUUCCCAUAAUCUCUGUUUCAAUUCUGCCAUGUUUUAAACACACACACACACACACACACAUAUUUCUAGUCGAUACAUCCAUUCCUAGAGCAGGUGAUUCCACAGGAAUGCUUGUAUGUUAGUGAAGGGAUUCCUCCGACUUCAUAUAAAAUCCAUGCUGUUGUUUGAAAAGAGAGAGAGUCUCUAUUGUGCAACUCUCACACGUCCUGAUCCAUCUUCACGGUGUAACAGCCACAUUUACCUUUUUUAAAUAGAAUAAAUGGCUUUCUGUGCAAACAUA